CACAUUCGCUGCUAAUGCUAUCACGUGAACUUUGAUGAUGUUUCUCCAGAAGACUACAUGCAUGCAUAGGUCUUUGCUCUGAUGUGCUCUGAUGUACUCUGUGUGUCCCCAUGCAUCUGUGAACGGCCCAAGCUCACCGCCCCGUGCCCUAUCGUGACAUUUGGACUUCUCCAAAUACAGAGCAGCCUAGAAGGGAAAUGACAGCCUUGGCCGCGAGGUAACUAGCCGAAACUGUACUCAUAUCCGACGCUCGCAAAUGCCCGUUGAAAUCAACAAAUCUGCUGGACCCGCAUGACUGACUGUUCCAAGACUUUUUCGCCGACCUCCGAUGGCCGAAUGGAUAGGCGGAGCACAUAUAACAUAACCUGGCCUGACCUCUGGCACCUCUCCCGACGAUCGCAGCCACCCAGCAAGCCAGCCAGCCAGCACGGUCCCCCAGCUAUCCCGCAAGUUUUGUUUUGCAAACAACAUCAACCAACCACGUCAUAUAAUUCUCCGCGGCGGCACUGAGCUCCACCUUGAAAGGAUUCCACAAAAUUAGUAGCAACCCCCUAGAAAAUCCAACAUGACAUCCUCCACUACCCCAACGGAAUCUGAGAUCUACAUCUCCACUUUCCUUUCCGACAAUCCCGACUUGGAUCAAGAGCUUGGGGACGUGUCUGUCAUGACCGAUCGCUACACGAAUGCGGAAUGGGCCGCCCAGAUUGCCGAGACGCAAAGGAAAGUGCUGCAUGAGAUCGAGAAGAGGAGCUAUCCGGGAGGGAAAAGUUGGGCCUAUGAGGUUCCCAAGACUGCGAGCAGCGAGUUUGCGCAGACCAUCGACCACACCGUCCUGAAGUUGGACGUGAAGAAGGAGGGUGUUGAUGCGCUUUGUAGCGAAGCCAGGACCGAGGGGUUCAAGAGCGUCUGCGUACGCCUUCCAUGGGUGCAACGUUGCGUGUCAAACCUCAAAGGCUCCCCCGUCGUCGUAGCCUGUGUUGUAGGUUUCCACGAAGGAACCCAAGACACCUAUUUCAAGCUACGCGAAGCGCGAGCUGCCGUCAAAGCAGGCGCUGCCGAACUUGAUAUAGUCCUCAAUCACAGCAUUCUUACGCGACACAACUCGCCAUCAUCCCCCACCCGACCUAAUGCCCCUCUCCCACGAGACUCAACAGCCGAUUCCGUCACAGCCGCAAACACAGCUGUCAAUGCACGUCCACUCACCGGCUCCGUCGCUGCCAGUGGUCCCUACUCUGUCCCGGGAGCAUCCAUUGCCUCUCCCACGUCUACCAGCUCGCGCUUCGCCUCAUCUUCUUCGCGUACCUCUGACCAGGGAGAAGAAGAUGACGUCUCUAUCCCAGACUACAGCGCCAUCUACCGUGAACUCGCUUCCCUGCGGUCUCUUUGCCCUUCCCCAACUGUGCUGAAACUCAUCCUCGAAACCUCGCAGCUGACUGAAGCACAAAUCCUUGCUGCUUCGCACCUCGCCGCUGCCGCGAAUAUUGAUUUCAUUAAGACGUCCACUGGCUUCAAUGGACCUGGCGCGACGCUGCCGCACGUACAGCUCAUGGUCACCGCGGCUGAGUACCUCUCCACCAAGACGCUGUCAAACAACGGCAGCCCUGUGCGUGGCGGCGGACGCAAAAUGGAGGUCAAAGCUUCUGGUGGGGUGCGAGACCUGCAAGCUGCGAAGCAGAUGCUGGCUGCUGGUGCUACGCGGUUAGGGACGAGCAGUGGAGUGUGGAUUAUGCAGGAGGGAAGGAAAGUUGUUGAAGCCGAGAAAGAAGGUGGCGGUGAAGGCGGUGAAGGCGGUGUGCGACCGCCUGCUACGAGAUUGUAUACCGAUAAUUCGAUCGAGGAUGCUUAUUGAGGAUUUCAUUUGAACUAGGUCAU